GGCGUGUGUCGUCAUCGUUAGUAAUUGAUUUUGCCUAAGGAUUCAUGCGCCGUGACCCCAAACUCUUUGUCUGGGGAAGCAGGUAACAAGAGAUCUAAAGUGGUGGAGGGAUAGAAUUUGAACCUGCCCUCUCCCAUUACCAUUCAACUGCACACCGCGUACCGCUUAUUAGGCACAGCACCCGACGCGCCUUAAAACAUUGCAAUUGCGCGUGAAUUAUUCCAAAAAAAGGACGGUACACUUGUACUGUUUAUCUAAAUUAGCUACAAAAUGGCUGAAAGUUUGAACGAAGCCGGUACAGUCGUCGAACCCGUCGCUGCUCCAAGUUUACCCACAGAUGUACCUUCUGAAAUGAGUGCAACUGCGGUUUCUGCGAGUGCUGAAGCAGCGGCAGCGGCUGCUUCCUCGGAAGGAAUGGCGGUUGACGUUGCUGAGCAAAUACCAACCAACGAAACUGAACAAAAAGAGCAACCGGAGGUGGCUCAAGCGAAUCAAAAUACCGAAGAAAAUGGCGCUACGCAAAAUCAGUCGUCUGAGGCUGCUCCUGACUCGGCGUCUGCUGCACCCAGAGAAGAGUCCACUGCCGAUGAAACCCGUAAUGAUGAGCGAGAGCGUUUCGAACGCACACGGGAUGACGAUCGCAGACGGGAUACAGAAGCGGAAAGCGAUAACCCGGGUAUGAACCUGUUUGUCACGGGCAUUGCUAGUCGUAUCGAAGAACGCGAAUUGGAAGACAUGUUUGCCAAGCACGGCACAGUUACGCGUUGCAGCAUCAUGCGUGAGCCCUACACGAAGGAGUCGCGUGGUUUUGGUUUUGUUUCCUUAGAAACUGUUGAGGAAGCAGACGCUGCGACUGCUGCUCUCAACGGACAAGAAUUUUACGGACGCGUCCUGUGCGUCGAGCGUGCCCGCCGGUCUCGUCCUCGGUCCCCUACCCCAGGUAAGUAUCUUGGACCUUCAAAACGCCGCGGUGGUUUCCGUCCUCGGGGUGGUCCUUCGGGCUACCGUCGUCCUAUGCGUGGACCCCCCGGUGGAGGCCCUGGCGGUCCUUACAACCGCUACCGUAACUCCUACCGUCCUGGAGACCGCGGUGAUGGUCCUGACAGACGAGACCGUGGAGAUCGUGAUCGUUCUCCUCGUGGUGGACGGCGUCCGUACUAUGAUCGUCGUCGCAAUGACCGUUCUCCCAUGCGUGGAGGCGAUUCAUAUGGUGACCGUUCGGUGGCUCGUCACGGCGGUGCCUCUAGUUGGUCUGAAGGCGCAGGUCCCGAACGUGAGCGUCGGUACGAUUAGAAAGCCUGCGAUUGCGCACAUAAACUCUCACACUAACACGUCCCGUGCUGUUUCCAAAACGGCACUGACGAGGAAAUUGGUUUCACGCAACAACCAAGCCUUUCGUUCUUCGUGUUUGGAUUGCCGAUUUUCUAGGCGAGAAUACUUACACCUACGGAAAAAGGGUGUUUCUUUGAAUGUGUUAUAUGACCUGCUAUGAUUUCAUGUGCUAUAUGAUCUGCUAUGAUUUCUGUCCUCCUUCUUCCUUCUCAAUACACAUAUUGUGCAACCGUUACGACCUACCGAAACGCGUGUCCAUUCGAUAUUUUGUAUCCAAUUCGAGCAAUCCAGCCAGCCAUAUAUUAC